AUUCGAUUAUGGAAAAGAGAGACUAGAGAAUGGAAAUGGAUCAAGGGCAAUAAUGUCCAAAACAUUUUUUAUAUAUACGUAGUUGCUGUAAUAACACACACACAGAGGUCCAUUCUCGUUAGUAGAUGCGCGAAGCGAAGGCAAUAAUUUUCAACACUUGAGAGUCUCUUUUACAGGUAUUAGGGUUUAUUUCAGUUAAAGGGGAAAACGACGACGAAGACAAAGACUAAAAAUUACCUAUUUGUCUAACUAUUUCGGUAGUUAUUCACUCGAAUUUGCCUAAUUGUGGGAGAAAUUUGAUGCGAAUUGGUCCAAUUUAAGCUCUACGGAUCUCUUCUGUAUUAAGCAAGAAAAGAUCGAGUUCAGUCUUGCGCUAAACUAAGGAAAAGCAGUUGGAUAUUAGCAAUUCAGUGCAACCAAGUGCGGAAUUUAGGGUUGAAAUUAGGCGGUGUGGUUUCUUGACGCUGGAUUUCAUUCGAAAAUUGGAUAAUAUAGUGCGUAAUUAGGGUUAAGUUGAUUGGAGCAAGACUUUUUACGGAAUUGCUUCUAUUUGGAUUGAAUGCAUUCAAGAAGUACAUAUUUACAUUUAUAGGGGUGAUGAUGGUAUAAAUGGAUCCUGAAAGCAAGAAGUUUGGGAAAGGGCCAAGGGAACUUACGGGUGCUGUUGAUCUUAUAAGCUACUAUAAAUUGUUACCUCACCAUGAGUUCUUCUGCAAAAAGCCACUUCCUUUAUCAAUUUCAGACACACAUUACCUUCAUAAUGUUGUUGGAGACUCGGAAAUUAGAAAAGGUGAAGGAAUGCAAUUAGAUCAACUCAUUCAGAACAAUAAUAAUACAUCAAGAGAGACAAAUACACGCAUACAGCCCUUUGACCUUGACACCUUAAGAGAAGCCUUUCAGUUACGCGAGACUUCUUCUCCUGUUGACCUUCCAUCUUCAGAGAAAGGGACUCCUACUGUAGCAGGAAAAUCUAGAAGUGAAUCGAAGGAGAAGGAAAAGAAGCAUAAGAAACACAAGGAUAAAGAUAAAGAUAAAGAACAUAAGAAACAUAAACAUCGCCAUAAAGAUCGAAGUAAAGAUAAGGAAAAAAAGAAGGAUAAAAGUAGUCAUCAUGAAAAGAAAAGGAAGCAUGAUGGAGAUGAAGAUAUGAAUGACAUUCACAGACACAAGAAAAGUAAGCAUAAGAGCAGUUCAAAGAUGGAUGAAAUGGGUGCAAUAAAGUUAAAAUUAAUUCAGAGGAGUUGGGGGACUAACUAAAGAGAUGAUUAUGAAGAAGGUGAAUUCACCUUUGAACUAGAUUUAAUUGGAGGUACAAAAUUAAUGGAAAAAAAAAACUUGUUUGUAUCAUAGAGAAGGGAUUUAGUUUCAUAUAUUCAAAACUUUGAUCUUUUAUUUUGGUUUUAGAAAUGUACACGUAGACUUUGGGUUGUUUGGUCAACAUAAAACAAAAUGUGAGUAUCAUUCUAUAUCAAUUUUGUGAACUUUUUUUUUCAUCUUCUAGAAGGUUUAAGGAUAUGUUGUUUAUGUAUUAUUUUUAUCAGUUUAAAAUUUUGUAAAUUUUAGUUGCUAUGAAGGGAAAAGAAAUAGUGAUUUGAGGAUUUUUCUUGUAAAGCUUAUGAGCCUAGGUGGUGUUAAAUUGAGUUUUAAAACACUUUGUUUUGAUA